UGUAUGUUUCACAUCACGAAUUCACCCUGAAAUGACGCUCGUCGCUAUUGCAACUGAGUGGUCGCAAGACCGCCUUUAAUUAAUGUUAAAUGCAACUUUUAUGACUCUUUGCGUCUUGCCCCUUUGGUUACUUUAGCUUGUUAAAAUAUGCAAUGUCUUCCAGAGAGCCGGGUUCUCAUUCUACUAAAGCUUGUUUUCUUUUUGGCAACCGGCCACGUCGAGUGUUUGCAGCCGGACAACUUCCACUUUCCAGACACAGAGCAAGACAACUUCAUCAAGUCUCAUCCUGAGUUCUCCGUGGUCCAUCCAGAAAAAGUGAGCGGGGACGGAGAAUUCGUCUCUUUCUCUUUGACACAUCACUUCAACCGCGGGCGGAGUAAGCGUGAUGUGGAAGUAACCGAAAAGUUUGUGUACUACAAAGUUCCAUAUGGAGGCUGGAAUUUAACAUUUAACCUAUCAGUCAAUAGUCAUUUGCUCUCAGACCAAUAUGUGCUCGAGAGAAGACACGGGUUCUCUAAUGGCACGCAGCGGCAGCUGCAGGUCUCCACGGAUAAUGCCUGUCACCUUCUGGGGGAAGUGACGAAUUCCAGCGUUCAAGGGACCGCCGCCAUAAGCACCUGUAAGGGAUUGAAAGGAUUCUUCAGCUUGCCCAAUGGGAACUUUUUCAUCGAGCCUGUCCAGGGUUACGAGGCCUACGAUGACCCGUGGUUUCGGCCUCAUGUGGUUUACAGGAGCCCAGCCGGGACGCUGUGGCACAGACCCCGACGCAGUGCAGAGUCCGGGGAAAGCGUGUGCGGCCUGAGAGACACCCUGGAGGAGUCCCUGCGGGUAGAGAGGGACCGUGAGGAGUGGGAGAGGGAGCAGGUGCGGCCGGCAGGCCCUCGCAGGCUUGUCCAACGCUCCGUCAGCCGGGAGCGAUGGGUGGAGACCUUGGUGGUGGCUGACUCCAAACUCAUCGAAUACCACGGCAGUGACAAUGUGGAGUCCUACAUCUUCACGAUCAUGAACAUGGUGACUGGGAUUUUCCAUGAUGCCAGUAUAGGAAAUGCCAUCCACAUUGUCCUGGUUCGACUCAUUCUUCUACAGGAGGACGAGAAAGGGUUAAAGAUCAUGCAUCACGCAGACACCACGCUCAACAGCUUCUGCGCCUGGCAGAAGAACAUAAACCCUCAGAGUGACACACACCCUGCCCACCACGAUGUGGCCGUGCUCAUCACCAGGAAGGACAUCUGCGCGGGACUGAACAGGCCGUGCGAGACUCUGGGCCUGUCCCACCUGUCCGGCAUGUGCCAGCCCCACCGCAGCUGCAACCUCAACGAGGACUCGGGCCUCCCCGUCGCCUUCACUGUGGCUCACGAGCUGGGGCACAGUUUUGGAAUCCAUCACGACGGUCUGGGGAACGACUGUGAGCUGGACGGUAAACACCCCUUCAUCAUGUCCCGGCAGCUGAAAUACGACACCUCGCCCCUCACCUGGUCCCCCUGCAGCAAGGAGUACAUCACCCGCUUCCUGGAUCGCGGGUGGGGAUCUUGUCUCGACGACCGGCCCUCAAAGAAGGACCUCACCACCCCUCUGGUGGCUCCAGGAGUGAGGUAUACCACGCAUCACCAGUGCCAGCUGCAGUAUGGCCCCAAUGCCACCUUCUGUCACGAAGUGGAGAAUAUGUGCCAGAUUCUCUGGUGCUCUGUAAACGGCUCCUGCCGCUCCAAGCUGGACUCCCCGGCAGAUGGUACCAAAUGUGGACAAGACAAGUGGUGUAUCUCCGGGGAGUGUGUAAUGGUGGGGAAGUUGCCUGAGACGGUGAACGGUGGGUGGGCCGCGUGGAGCUCCUGGUCCCACUGCUCUCGCACCUGCGGGGCCGGGGUGCAGGCGGCCGAGAGGGCGUGCAACAAGCCCAAGCCAGUGUUUGGAGGUAAAUACUGCACAGGCGAGAGGAAACGCUAUCGUGUCUGCAACAGCAAACCAUGUGCCAAAUCCCGGCCUACGUUCCGGGAGAUGCAGUGCAGCGAGUUCGACACUGUGCUAUACCACAACCAGCUCUACCAGUGGGUCCCUGUCCAAAACAUGGCCACCCUGUGUGAGCUGCACUGCCGGCCGGUGGACGAGCAGUUCUCUGAGAAGAUGCUGGACGCGGUGCUGGACGGGACGCCCUGCUUCAUGAACAACAGCAGCAGGAGCAUCUGCAUCAACGGCGUGUGCAAGGACGUGGGCUGUGACUACGGCAUCGACUCCAACGCUGUGGAGGACCGCUGUGGGGUUUGCCUGGGAGAUGGCACCACCUGUCAGACUGUCCAUAAGAACUUUGAUGGGGGCGAGGGCUUCGGCUAUGUGGAUGUGGGCCUAAUCCCGGAGGGGGCACGGGACAUUUUGGUACAGGAAGUCCAAGAGUCCGGAAACUUCCUGGUGCUGAGGGGGCAGGAUCCGGAAGACUACUACCUCAACGGACGCUACAUCAUCCAGUGGAACGGGGACUACAAAGCCGGAGGAGCCAUGUUCCACUAUGAAAGAGAAGGCAACAUGGAGAACCUGACUUCCACAGGACCCACAAAAGAGCCCAUCAUGAUCCAACUGCUGUUCCAAGAGAAGAAUCCUGGCAUCAAGUACGAGUACACCAUAAAGAAGAGACGUCAGAAAGUAAACGAGGUCAUCGAGCCAGACUACCGGUGGAAAUUUGGAGCUUGGACCGACUGCAGCUCAUCCUGUGGGACAGGGCUCCAGCAUCAGCCUGUCCGCUGUUUUGAAGCUGAGGUCGGGGUGGUGGACGAUUCCCUCUGUGACCCAGACAAGCGACCAGAAGACCAACACCGCAAAUGUAAGAAAAUGGACUGUCCUGCAAGAUGGUGGGUGGGCGGGUGGCAGUCUUGCUCAGCAACCUGCGGUCCGACGGGGCUGAAGAAGCAGACGGUUCUCUGCGUCCGCACCGUCGGGGGAGAGGAGCGCGUCUUGCACCCCAGUGACUGCAAGAGUCUCCUCAAGCCCAAAUCUGUGGUGGCGUGUAACCGGGACCUGCCUUGCGGAACAGACUGGGCUGUGGGCGCCUGGGGAGAGUGCCCUGUGACCUGUGGGGGAGGAGCAAGGUCUCGGACGGUCACCUGUGUAACCGCCCCCAAAGUCAGGUGUAACGUCACCAGCAAGCCCCGCUCCAGGUCUCUGUGUGCACUGCAGAGCUGCCCGUCCGGCUCCCGCAAGAAGAUAUGGAGGGUCGCCCCCAAGGCUACAACGACCCUCGCACCCAAGACCCAGCCUUGGGGGCCUGAUCACUUCUCCUCAACAGAGAUGCCGUUACCCAGCUCCCCUGCCACCUCCCUGACCACCACCACCACCCCCGCCCUGACCACCACCACCACCCCCGCCACUGUCCACACCACCAUGUCCGCCACCCCCACCAGAACUUUGUCACCGUCAACACCUUCUGACGUCAUUCACCCUGAGGACUAUGAGUUUAAUUUCAUCGUGGUGAACAGAACUGCCAACACGACAGAAAAGGGUGGGGUCACCCCAAUCCCCAAUCCUGCUGGCCGGGAUUCCGGAGAGAAGGAAGUCACAGAAGAGGAAGAAGGAAGCACACCCGAUUUCUUUUUGUCAGAACCUGAAACAGUGUACACCCCUGGGUAUGACUACGUGGUGGGCUCCACAGAGGAGGACAUCCGGGUGGAGAGUGGUGCGACUACCUCGGUCUCUCGGGCCGGGACCUCCAGCAGGCCCCCUCCCAGCAGGGGAGGGACCUCCACGGAGAGCUUCAUGACCUCAGCACCUCCCAGCAGGGGAGGGACCUCCACGGAGAGCUUCAUGACCUCAGCGCCUCCCAGCAGGGGAGGGACCUCCACGGAGAGCUUCAUGACCUCAGCGCCUCCCAGCAGGGGAGCGACCUCCACGGAGAGCUUCAUGACCUCAGCGCCUCACAGCAGGGGAGGGACCUCCACGGAGAGCUUCAUGACCUCAGCGCCUCCCAGCAGCACGGCACGCUCCUACAGAAUGAAGGGACAGUACCAACGGCCUGCUCCUAAAACCACACCGUUCAUCAAACCCGACACCAAGUGGAGGCCAAGAACCACACGUGUGCCCAGGACCCCCCGGCCCUCUCCCCCAGGCUGGACCCCUGACCCCCUUCACCCAGCCGUGAGAGUCCUUAAAACUGGGUCGAGGAGCACCGCCACGCCCCCACGGACGACCGGCACCACGCCUCAGCCUAAGGGGAACAGGCCCGGGCUGGGUAUUGCUGUGAACUACAGAAGCAACAAGGGGAAUUCUGAUGCCAAACCCACCACCACAGUGGAAGUCUCCUGGGUUGUUGGGAAUUGGAGUGAGUGCUCCACCAGCUGUGGGCUGGGGGCCGUGUGGAGGGCAGUGAGCUGCAGCUCAGAGCGGGAGGGUGACUGUGCCGGUCUCCACAGGCCUGACCCAGCCCGGAGGUGCCACCUCAGGCCCUGCGCCACCUGGCACAGCGGGAACUGGAGUAAGUGCCCGGAGGGGUGCCUGGAAGGCACGAAGGUCCGGGAGGUGCAGUGCGUCGACAGCCAGAGCAAACGGCCGCUUCGCCCCUUCCACUGUCAGGCUCUGGCCCACAAACCCCAGAGCUCCCUGCCCUGUGCCCCCCUGCCCUGCCUGGACUGGCACACCUCGCCCUGGGGCAAGUGUUCAAAGAGCUGUGGGGAGGGACUGAGAGAACGCCUGGUCUACUGUCCCGAGUUCAACCGCUGCGUCCCUGCUGGGAGGCCCAACAGCACUGAGGUCUGCAAUCUGCACCAGUGCAGCCAGUGGGUCUCCGGAGACUGGGAGAAGUGCACUGCGAGCUGUGGAGGAGGGGUGCAGCACCGCGUGGUGAAGUGUGUGAACACAGACAAGGAGGUGAAGGCGGGGGCCAGUGGCAGUCAGUGUGAGAAAAGCACAAGGCCUGACAGCUUCCGCAAGUGCAACCUUAAGGAAUGCAAAAGAAAACCAGUGCUGUGGUGCAGUAAGGACAGCAUGUCCACCCGUUUCUGCGAGAAACUGAAGCUCUUGGGCCGCUGUUCUCUCAGCUCCAUCCGGAAGCAGUGCUGCGUCACCUGCAGGGGGUAACCCUCAAAAACAACAGCUCGCACCCCAGACGUCAAGGUCUCAUCCGAAUAUACACCCAGCUAAAGUAGUUCCCCACUCAGAACACGCUUUCAUCCGUCUGCUGCCGCACAGUGUGAAGCUCCGCUCCAUUUCCAAUGGCUCCAGUGAAAGGCAGCACUGGCUGUUUUGUAUUCUGGACUUCUCUUGUGGUGCUUUUUUUUUUUUUUACAAAGUCUAUUCUCAGUCUUUUGCCAAACAGGACCCAAUCAGGACAGACCAGCCUCGAUGAUUCACACCGGCCACCCACUGCAUCUCUUCUCUGACCACUGUUUCAAGCUGGUGCUAUGGCAACAUCCUUUUAAAUCUCCAGAGCUGUCUAUUUUACAUUUGUUUUGGAUUUGUUGUAAUACCAGUGACUGUAUUUUGCUACAAGGGCAGUAUAUCUGAAAUAAUCUUCAUUUAUGGGACAAUGUUGAUGUUCGACCAGCUUUUACAAAUAAGGUGGGAAAGAUCAUGAUAUGCAUGAUAUAUUUCUUGUUCUAUCAGUACAGAAUGCAAUAUGAAGUCUGUACUCUAUCUUUGAUAACUUAAGGAGAACAGGUCUCAGUGCUCCAGUGUCCCUAAGUAAUCCAAAAAAUAACCACCCUCAUCUUGGAAGAUGAAUACUGUGGUAAAAUACAUUAUUCGUUUCAGCAUUCAUUUGUGUUUAGCUCUUUGUCUUUUCAUUCUUAGGACUUUGUUAAAAGGCUAGUUUGAACAGAGUCUCAAAACCACGUUAAGGACACCCUGCUCAUUUUGGCAAAUUGCGCAUUUAUUAAAUCAGGAUUAGAAGGCAUAACUUCAAAAUAUUUCCUUAUUUAUGAAGUCAUUACAGCACAAAACCACAGUUUCAGUUGCCUGUGCUUCAUGUGUUAUCUGUGGGCUGCAAUGCCUAUUAAAAGCCACUGUUGGCUAAAACAUGACAUUCUGAAAGAAAAAGAGAUUGUCAUAAUAACUCCAAGGGAAAAAAAUGACCUCUCCUUUACUGAACAACGACCCGAUUACAGUGAAGAAUGUCUUUACUGAACAACGACCCGAUUACAGUGAAUAAAGUCUUUACUGAACAAUGACCCGAUUACAGUGAAUAAAGUCUUUACUGAACAACGACCCGAUUACAGUGAAUAAAGUCUUUACUGAACAAUGACCCGAUUACAGUGAAUAAAGUCUUUACUGAACAACGACCCGAUUACAGUGAAUAAAGUCUUUACUGAACAACGACCCGAUUACAGUGAAUAAAGUGAUGGGGCAUAAUUUUCUGUUUGUUCCAUCAAGGCUUUAGCAGAGUGCUAAAUGUACGUAAGUGUUUGGGAGGUGCCAGAAACGGCACAUAGGCAUAUAGACAUGUACACCCAUUACCAUAUCCUGGUGUGUGUCUUUUAUCUGUGUCAAUACUCACCAACAGAAGCUCACAGAUGGAUCUAAUAUAUUUUGGGGAUAUUUGAAAUGUUGCACAAACUUCACUUCUACCUAAUAAUUCCACAUACUGUAACAAUCCCAAACUGGCAGUUGUGGAACUACAGUUGUUAUUAAUGACCAAAAGAUGUUACCAAGAUAAAAAAUACAUAUAUAAGGUUGAGCUUUAUAAUGACAAAAUGAGAUAAUACCAAAAAUAAUGUAAUGACUGCGAGCUGUAGACACGCGUGACUACAGAUUAAGUUUAUACAUUGUGAGAACAUACAGUCUGCAGAACAUACAGUUUAUACAUUGUGAGAACAUACAGUCUGCAGAACAUACAGUUUAUACAUUGUGAGAACAUACAGUCUGCAGAACAUACAGUUUAUACAUUGUAGGAACAUACAGUCUGCAGAACAUACAGUUUAUACAUUGUGAGAACAUACAGUCUGCAGAACAUACAGUUUAUACAUUGUGAGAACAUACAGUCUGCAGAACAUACAGUUUAUACAUUGUGAGAACAUAGUCUCAUGUCUAAAUCAGAGAAUGCUGAUAGGUUACCGAAGGAAAAUACGUCAUUUAAAAUAGGAACUUACUUUAAAAUAGGAAGGUCAAUACAUUUAUCUCCUCAUGACAGUAUGAAAACGUAUGUCUUUAAUAUAUUGUUCAGAAAUACACAGUACAGCUGCAGCAUCAGACUAUGGCUCAGGCCAAAGAGAGCAAAGGUACUGCAGGCAUUUCUCCAUGUUUGUAAGGUAAAUAUUUUAUAUUAAUCUCAAAAAAUUAAAUAUACAUGAAGCAAGAGUUUCAGUUUCCAUGUAAUUAAUAACAAUAAAUAGCUUUAUAAUGGCCAAUAUAUACAGUAUACUGGAGAUACUGUAAAUGCUACUCAAGUAUAAUAUAAGAAAGUGCUGUUUCAGCCAGAUUUGCAGUGGCUGUUCUAACUAACAUAUUGUUAAUUUAUCCAUUAAAAAAAUACACGUUUUUUCAACUAGAUCAUGAAAUGUUGAAUGCACAGUUUUGGCAAGUCAAUCCCCUUUGUGUUUCUUUAGAUGUUUUUUGUUAAUUUACUACUUUGCCUUCACUUUAUAAUUCCAGGUUUACUGGUGUUCAGGUUCUUUUUUUAAAUUUUUAUGUAUUGUCAUUUAACCCGAAUAUGACUUCAAUUAUUUAAACUUUAAUCUAUUGACAGAAAAUUAACUAAUGCUUGAUUCCUGUUAGUAAUUACAACUGGAGGUGUGUUGUCAUUUCCAAGACAAUUUUGACUUGGCCCUUUUCCAUGUUUAUGUGGAAAUUUUAGUUUUUUGUUCUUUUACCAACCAUUGCAGAAAGUUUCUUGCAAGUUGACUUUAUCUUUAGUGUAUUGCAAUUCAUGUGAAGGAAUGGUCUCAAAUGAUAAUUGUCUCCUGUGGUUAUUUUAAAUACAUGUGAAUUAACUAAAAAUGUUUGGGUAGCAAGAACACAACACUGAAAGGGGUUUUUAAGUGCAUCACAUUAGUUGAAUUAGCCUCUGUCUAGAGCCUCUUCUCACUUCAAGUUCUCAGAAUUGUGUGGUAUAUAAAAAGGAAAUGUUGACAUGCAUUUGCUUUAUCAUAUCUAAAUCACACUCAUGAGGAAAUGUGUGGCCAAGACCGAGAGUGGACAUGUAUGAGACGGUACGGUCUGCCAUGUGAUAGCAGUACAUGAUAUUUAAAUAACAAUUACAACAUGUAAAAGGCUGCAGGAGCUGAAAAUAACCAUUGCAUUAGUCAGCUGAACACGUAAUAGAUUUUUCCUCAUGGUACUGCAUGACACUGUACUUUCUUGGUAUUUCAAAAAGAUUAAAACAAUGUGAUAGUUUCUUCAAGGCAAAGCGAGCUUAAUGAGAUGAGUAAGGUACUUCAUUCAUGAUGUUUAUAUGCUUGUUAUCUGUGCUUCUGCUCAUCUCCUGAAUGAGACCUUGAAAAUUAUUUGAAAAUGUAUCUUCGUUGCAAAUGCUACAAAAGCAUACAGAAUCUACAUACAUAACAAACUAGUCAUGUGGAAGAAAUGUAAUUGGCACAUUUAGCACUGAAUAUACAGUAAAUAGUUUUAAAAUAAAGACAGGGAUAGUUUUUAUAUAUGAUGAUAUUCACCAAUCUCGUAUGUCAUUACCCAGGGGUCCAAUGUAAAAUCUUUCUAAAUAGAAAAAACUAAACAGAUUUUAGUUUUUAUUAUUAAUGGUGAUAAUCCAUAGAUAUGAAUAUAAAUAAUUGCAUCUUUCCAAAUUGUACUGACUGUGAUUUCCUUUUCAUUCACCAAUAUUUGGAAUACAGUGAUGAUGCAGCCACAUUUAAAAUACCCUUUUCUUUUUCUUUUUCUCUAUUCAAUGGUGCUGUAUUAUUCUUCGGGGGUGUAUGUUUACAUGCAUUUAAAAAGAGGUGUUGCGGGCCAUCACUCUCCAGCCUUAUCAAUGGGUCUCAAUACUUGAUGAAAGCCUGACAGCUGAUCUGUGCCUGUGUCUUCACUAAUAAACUGCUAUGCCAGUGUU